CGUGAAUCCCCUCCUCACGUAACGCGUUGUGCGCCUCACGAUAGCAUACAUGGUGCCCGUGUGAACGCCUCAAUGAGCACAGCGAAGAUGCAAUGCGCUACUGCAGCAAUCGAACGCUAUAAACCCCUUGCGGUCACACGAAGGUCUCGCCCUGCGCGUGUGAAGCUUUGUUACUGACGUCAUCGUUUCCGCGCUGCGCCAGAUCAUUUUGCUACCCUCAAACUCCAAAGCAGAGUCGCUCUACCUAUUUAUCGGGAUUUCCUUCGCAAAGGUUACUAUUUGCUAUUCGCCUCUUGGCAUCAAUUUAUUUUGCGUACUUGGCAACGCGACAAGGACUGCUGUUGUUGCUUGCCGGGUGUUGGCACUGCCGCGAAGAUGCUCACGACGCCCUCGGCACUGGGGAACAUCUCGUGCCUCUACCGAAUACUGCACAGCGGCUUGAGCAAUCAAUCGCCUGAACAAGUGUUUGGCGCCUCAGAAAUAUGUAACCUUUAAACGAGCAGACACCAGAGGUACGGGUGACCGCCGUGUUGCUUUGGCCUGCCCGCAUCGCUUUUGCGUUUGCACUCGCACUUACUUUGGCAAUAGCGUUUGUUCCAUGGCCCUUCAAUAUCUAGGUUUCCAAUCCUUCCGCUCUUCUCUCGCCGCGUGUGAAGCAUAGAACGUCCGUUUUUAGGUCCCCACGCAUCCAACCGAUGUUGCCUCGUGCUCAACCCUUCGAAGCGACGAAAGAUCACGGCGAAAACUUGACAUCGGCUGUUCAGGGAUGCAGCGAUGCCUAAGUCUCAAGCGAAGAAGAAGCCUCCUGCGAAGGGCCUUGACACUUCGAAGUCAAACGCAAAGGCAGGAACAUCAGCCCCAUACGAGUUCAGUGGGCAUGACUCGAUCAACAUCAGCUCGUUCGACCUUGCGCAAGUUCAGGAAUCACUAGAGCACUCCGAUGUGCCUUCAAUGCGACCGCAACUCAAGUCGCCCAGACAAUACCCUCGUGAAUUGAACCACCCCAUGCACUGGCAGCUCCUACAGCAUGAAUUCUUGAUCUCGCGCCACAAGGCUUUAAGGUCAUCAGUGCCUUCUCAUCCGUCCACGUUACCUGCCCUCGAACCAACUUCAAAGACUCCUGAAACUCUCCCGCUCGAUGAAUCAGCCAGCAAUCUACGUCCCCCGUCGCCCGGCGAAAGCUCGACAGCCUCUACAAAACCUCCGGUCCCAGAAAUCCGCUUAUCCCCUCCCGAAGAAACAUCCAAAACCCCUCGUCAACCGCGCCCUCCGAUCGAGAACCCAGCCUACCCUUGGGAGGAAGAGGAGCUUCAAGCUCUGGAGGAUCUGCGAAAUGAACAACGCCGCUUGCAUGAAGAAACUCUCGAUGCGAUGGGGCAAAUGGCCUACUGGUCUUUCAGAGCGCAAUGUGCUGCGAAUCGAGUCAAGAAAACAAUGUGUGAACUUAGGAGCUACAUGGAUGAGGUUCUGGCUGAGCAGGAGGAAGUUCAAGGUCAUAAUGAGAACGAAUGCAAUGUCGUGCCUCCAUCUUUGACGAAGUGAGUUCGUCGAAAGAUGAUCAUGGUAAUGAAAGGGUUCGCCCAAGAGAGUCACGGCAGGUUUUGCUACAUAAGUAGAUCAGUCUAAUCACAAUUAAUCGUAAUCAGUCCUCGUGCGACUGGAAUUCCACUUGGUAAA